UCCUCGCUAAGAGAGGUUGUGUAUCAGUUUUGUGGCCUUAUAGUUUAUUUCGGGAACGCGUGUUUCGUUAAGAUGAUAAAGUAAUAAAAUUGUAUUUUAUUUACAUUUAUAGACUACAGUCAAUACAUAUACUUCUAUUAGAUAUCAAUACGUAAAUACAUUUGUUACAUGUUUAAUUCAGAAGACUGUUUUGUGGAUUAUCAAAAUAUAUUGCGUUAUUUUUUGAAUAACGGUACACGCACAAUAACUUCAACGUAAUGACUAUAAAAACUGUAAGAAGGACUCGCGCGAAAUUAUAAUUGAAGUGAGAAACUAUAAUGAGACGCAAAAGUGUAUUUGUGCUAGUGAUGUGCUAAAAUUUUAUUAAUAUCGAUAAAUAAACAAAUAAAAAUGGAUCCGGAUAUGCAUAACUCGACGCUGGACACGAUCUACCCGCGGGAGGCGACGAUUAUGGCUGCCGUUUGCGCCUGUAUCUUCAGUAUAGUUGGUGUAUUGGGCAACUUCAUAACGACAGUGGCUCUGCUCAUGCAUCCAAAACUACGCGGCCACGUGACCACCAUGUUCGUGCUGUCGCUCUGCGUGUCAGACCUUCUGUUCUGCAGCAUCAACCUACCACUCACAGCAAGCAGGUACAUCCAACAACAGUGGGUGCUGGGACCGCGGCUCUGCCAGAUGUUCGCCUUCGUGUUCUACGGCAACGAAGCGGUCUCUCUGCUGUCGAUGGUCGCCAUCACUAUCAAUCGGUACACGCUGAUAGCGUAUUACGACAUGUACUCUCAAAUCUACACCACGACCAAGAUCUGGAUACAGCUGCUUCUAAUCUGGUGCGUCUCUUUUGGGUUGAUGGUGCCACCCCUACUCGGCAUCUGGGGCCAAUUGGGGCUUGACCCGGACACGUUCUCGUGCACCAUCCUGCCGAAGGACGGCAGAAGCCCCAAGAAGUACUUGUUCGUCUUUGGGUUCGCGUUGCCGUGCGUCGUCAUCAUCGUCUCCUACUCUUGCAUCUACUGGCGCGUGCGCGAGAGCAAGCGGAAACUGGAGGGCCGAAGGUGCGUAUGUGGCAAACUCAGCGGACAAACAGCCAAAGAGAAAGAGGAAGAUUCCCGCCUUACUACGCUAAUGUUGACGAUAUUCCUGUGUUUCCUUGCUUGUUUUCUGCCACUCAUGAUUAUGAACGUCUCAGAUGACGGUAUAACGUACCCUUGGCUGCACAUAAUCGCAUCAAUAUUAGCCUGGGCAUCUAGUGUGAUCAACCCCUUAAUAUACGCAGCUACCAAUAGACAAUAUAGAGCGGCGUACGGCAACCUUUUGAAGUUUUGCAAAAACAAUCCCGUCGCCCGAAGAACAACUUGGGGAAGCCGGACUGUCGGUCAUUCCUCGAAUUCUCCACAUUACGUCGACAAUAAACGAAAUAAUUUGAAAGAGAAGCCUACUAAGUUAUAGGCUUUCUGCAAUUAUUUGUCGCUGGAAAGUCUCGAAGUGUACAUAGGUAUAGGGACUCACGACUGUUAAAAAAUUAUCUUGAUUGGAUCUCUUUAGAACUGUAUAUUUAUACAUAUAUCAUAUAUGUAUAUGAAUAAUAUUCCGUCGAUUAUUUAGUUCAUUUCUACUUCCAAAAAAUCUAGUAGCAUUUUCAAAAGUUUUUAGUAUUUUUCCUAAAUCAAAAGUGUAGAAACACUAAUAGAAAAAAGGAUGUCAAAUAAUUAUUAUUGUUUUAAACUUGAUACUCAUUACUCUUAUUUUCUGUAAAAUCACUAAAGCACAGGCCGAUCAAAUAAUUAGUGCUUUUUUUACUUCAUAAAUAAAUGAGUUUUACAAAGCCGCGUAGGCCGAGCAAUACUUAUUUGUAAACAAGUUUGUAAUUUACCAAUUAACAUGCACAUACUCAUUUACCAUGUAAUUAUUCAUAGAUACCGCGGUCAAGCACAAAUACUUUAUGCGUUUUUAACGCAUUAUUAGUGUUACAUACGCGAUAGAGGAAGAAGAUUGAUCUAUAUAAGCUGUAACUGAUUUAGAUUUAAAAUGAAUAAAGCUUAAAAUAAUAUUCAAAUA